CGGUAGCUGUCAGAGAGCGUAGAGAGACGGAGACAGAGAGAGAGAGAACACCCACCCUCUUCGUUUCGCCUGUCCGUAUCGCACCGUCCUUCACUCGGCGCCUCCGACAAGGCAUUUCACCGCUCCAACGGCCGUGUAGCUGCUGGGCGGACCCGUGUUUCAAACGCAAAUCCAGCGCAAAAUAACCGCAAUUUUUUUUCGGAGCUGUCAAAGUAGAAGAAGCGAGAGACAGAGGAGCGACAUGGCCACGACAACCUGUACGCGAUUCACAGACGAGUAUCAGCUAUACGAGGAGCUGGGAAAGGGAGCCUUUUCAGUGGUGCGCAGAUGCGUUAAGCUGUGUACAGGACAGGAGUAUGCAGCCAAAAUAAUCAACACCAAAAAGUUAUCUGCACGAGAUCACCAGAAGCUGGAACGAGAGGCUCGGAUUUGUCGCCUGUUGAAACACCCCAACAUCGUUCGUCUCCAUGACAGUAUAUCAGAGGAGGGCUUCCACUACCUCCUGUUUGAUUUGGUUACAGGAGGUGAACUGUUUGAGGACAUCGUAGCCAGAGAGUAUUACAGCGAGGCCGACGCCAGUCAUUGCAUCCAGCAGAUCCUGGAGGCGGUGCUUCACUGCCAUCAAAUGGGUGUGGUGCACCGGGACCUGAAGCCAGAGAACCUGCUCCUAGCAAGCAAAUGUAAGAAUGCCGCAGUGAAGCUGGCCGACUUUGGACUAGCCAUUGAGGUACAGGGUGAUCAACAAGCCUGGUUUGGAUUUGCUGGCACACCAGGGUAUCUGUCCCCUGAGGUAUUGAGGAAGGAGGCAUAUGGCAAACCUGUGGACAUCUGGGCCUGCGGGGUGAUCCUCUACAUCCUGCUGGUGGGUUACCCUCCUUUUUGGGAUGAGGACCAGCACAAGCUGUACCAGCAGAUCAAGGCUGGGGCUUAUGAUUUCCCUUCCCCCGAGUGGGACACAGUCACCCCAGAAGCCAAAAACCUGAUCAACCAGAUGCUGACCAUCAAUCCAGCCAAGAGGAUCACCGCUCAGGAGGCCCUCAAGCACCCAUGGGUCUGCCAACGGUCCACAGUGGCAUCUAUGAUGCACAGACAGGAGACUGUGGAGUGCCUGAAGAAAUUCAAUGCCAGGAGGAAACUCAAGGGGGCCAUUCUUACUACCAUGCUGGUUUCUCGGAAUUUCUCUGUGGGCAGCAGGCAGACCACCGCCCCAGCCUCUGUCACUGCGGCCGCAGCAGCAGUGGCUGCAGCCGCCGGCACCACCGCAGGGCUGGUUGAACAAGCAGCUAAGACCUUGCUCAACAAAAAGGCAGAUGUCAAGAAACGCAAGUCCAGCUCUACUGUCCAGUAUAUGCCCCAGACAAACAGCACCAAAAACAGCAUAGUCACCAGCCCCAAAGGAAACAUCCCUUCACCUGCUCUGGAACCUCAGACAACCGUCAUCCAUAAUCCAGUGGACGGGACUAAGGAAUCAUCAGACAGCAGCAACACCACUGUGGAGGAUGAAGAUGUGAAAGGAAAGAGCUUAGACAGCAGCUCGCUUAAGGCGCAGUCCAGCACAAGCUCCCAGCCUGAUAGCUCUCAGGGCUCCUCAGCUGCUGUGUACUCUGCCACAAAGUUUGCUGACCUGCUGGGCUCAGUGCGUAGGGGCUCAGGGCCCAUAUCCGACGGAGAAGGGAGAUCCAGCACUCCACCUCCCGCUGCCCUCUCCGCCCCAUCCCCUCCACACACCCCUGUUGUCCCAAUGCAGAUGUCUCGGCUCACAGACCUGGUAAGCAGUGUUCGCAGGGUGCCGGCGGCCCCCGCACCCGAGGGUGACGCUGCACCGGCGCCGGUACCUAGCGUCAGGCCCACUCCUCCACCUGCACCCACGACCUCCCCACCUCCCCCUCACUCCCCCUCCAGCCCUUCCCUGUCUUCCUCCCAGACACGCAAACAAGAAAUUAUCAAGAUCACUGAGCAGCUGAUAGAGGCAAUCAACAAUGGAGACUUUGAGGCAUAUGCUAAGAUCUGCGACCCGGGACUGACUUCAUUUGAGCCGGAGGCGCUGGGUAACCUGGUGGAGGGGAUGGAUUUCCACAGAUUCUACUUUGAGAACCUUUUGGCUAAGAACAACAAGCCCAUACACACCACCAUCCUCAACCCACACGUCCACCUGAUUGGCGAGGACGCAGCCUGCAUUGCUUACAUCCGCCUGACUCAGUUUGUUGAUGGCCAGGGUCGGCCGCGUUCCAGCCAGUCGGAGGAAACUCGCGUCUGGCAUCGCAGAGACAGCAAGUGGCAGAACAUCCACUUCCACUGCUCAGGCGCGCCAGCUGCGCCACUCCAGUGAGGGUUGAAUGCCAUAGCUUUGUCUGUCAGGAGUGCUCUGUUGGAGAGAAAGAGGAAGACGAGGAGGAGGAAGAAGGGAUGAAAGAACAAGUCCAGUGUCAGUUUGGGGACAGGGCUCCUCGUCCUUCAACAGCCUACCCUUCCUCACUGGACGCUCAGCCUCAACCCCCAGCAUGCAUCUCUUCUUUUACUACUACUGCCCCCUGUCUGUCACCCGCCCUAAAACAUCUUCUGACAGCCAUCAAACAGCAGCAGCAACGGAGCGUCCAACAGCUCGAAAUCCUUCACCCCUCCGGCUUCCUCUUCUUCCCUCUGGUACACUGGGUGAUUUGCGGGGUGGGGUGGGGUUUCAGCACUCUUUUAGUGUGAUUCUGCGUGUGGUCCCUUCCCCUCGUCCCCAUAAUUUUUUGUGAUACCAACCCCCUUGUCCUCCUGUGAAUCCACACUUGUGUGACAUAAACACUGCACUGGAAAUACAGUAUGUAAAGUUUUAAGUAAAAUCAAUUAUGAUCAUUACUAUAUUAUUAUUAUGAUGAUGAUGAUUAUUAUUAUUAUUACACAUUUGCAAUUGUAUAUGUAAUUUGUAUAAUUCAAAAUUCUUAAUGCCAGUGGUUUCUAUAGUUGAAUGAAAACUUUUUUUUUGUUUGUUUGUCUCUAUCUUUUUAAGAAAGCAUGUUUUUUCCCCCCAUAUUAACAGUGGCUGUUUUUUAUUGUGGCUAUUAAGUGGAAAAUGAUAUUUGCAUUUUUUGUAAUUUGCUUUGUGUAUGUUAGCUAUAAUACUGUGCCCAAACUCAUGGUCAGCAUGUUUUUGUUUAUAUCUUUUUUGUUUUGUUUUGUUUGGUUUUUUUUUUUUUUGGAAGGGGUGUCUGAUGGUGUCGUGUGUUCAUGUACAGAUUGAAGUCAGACACAUACACUAGUGCGCGCUAAUCCGGAGCAUAGUGACUCUGUACAGUUGGAGGAACCUGUUGUUUUUCGCCCGGUGCAAUGUGAACGGCUGGAGAAGGGGCUUAGCUAGGCUCAGUGUCUUCCUGCAUCGACACACAAACAUUUCAAACAUACGGCACAAACAGCAUGCAGCAGAAAUUGUAUUGUGAAUUUACUUUUCCAUCUUCAUGUUUAACACUGCAGUGGUAAGAUUGCCCUGCGCUACAGCACCCUGAAUGGUGAGGUCUAUAAAAUGAAGGCAAAGAAGAAAAAUAUUGCUUUAAUUUGGGACAAUGAAACAUUUUCUUCAUAUAACAAGAUACUUAAUGUUUGAAUGACUUUUUUUUUUUUAACAACAAACACUUUCUCUUUUUACAUUAUCACAUAAGUUGGUGUGUUUUUACAGACAUUGUUUGUAUCUUCCAUGUUGUAACAAGAAAAACGAUGAUAUGAUAGCCAAUAUGAGUGAAUUAUAUGAUUUUUAUUUAUUGUUCUAUGUAAAAUUAUUUCUCUUAAAUGAAGUGUAGGAGCGUGAAAAGCUGCAUGGAUACAAGUCCCAGGCCUGUUUUAAAGUGAAGGAUUAUUUUUAGUCCUGGACCCGAAUGAUUUUUGACCAGAGGAACCUCAGCAGGUUAAACUGGACAUUAAAACACUGCAAUAAUAUUGUUCUGCUGUACAACAAACCAUUUUUUAACAAAUCCAGGGCUAUCCUCUUGUUAAAAUCCUUAAAUCGCUGUGGUGGUAUGAGGAAGAGAAGUCACCCCAAGUAAUCAGUUAACGUAACACUUAAUUUUAAAUUACCAAGUGCAUCAACAUUUUGCAUAUGAAUGUAUAAUAUCGUGUUUCCCGUUAAGACUCUUCAAAACACGCAACUGCUCAUUAGAAAAUAAAAUGCUGUUUCCUGUUAUAGAAACAUGCCAACUUGUGAUAUAAUAAGAAAGGCAUCUUGCUAUUAUGGAGUAUUUUGGUAUGUCGUUCUUACAUCGUGUCAUUACAUCAAAGUAUCUUAUUAUAAUUGUAACAUUUCGUCAUGGGUACUUCCUAAACCUUACUGUCCUCGGACAUCUCUGUGUUUUCGAACACGAUAAUGAUUUUAUAGAAAUCUCAGUGAGUGAGCGACUAGUUCAGGCUUGUUUACACCCUCGCCACCGUUUUUUUUUUUCCAUGGAUGGUGGUGCUUCAAAAGUGCUCGUGCAGGAACCGGUUGUUGGUGGCUCCUGAUAUCGCGAGGUGACAGCUUAAGAUCCUCUUGCAGUUCAGUGCUUUUUUAGGCUACUAGAAAAAUCAUAGUACAACAGCAGUUAAAAUGACAAAACAAGUCAGUGCUGUACGAGGGAUCUUGCUUCCAAAGCCACAGUGCAGAAAGCUAAUGCCGCUGGCCAUUUGUCUUUCAGAAGUACAUACAUACAGAUAACUAACACUUUGGUUCUGAAGUAAUGAAGAAGCAUUUGGAUGCUCGAGGCCUCUGCAAGUGUUUUCCUCCCUAACACAAGUUCGUAAACUUCCGCAGUUUGCGUAGGGCUUUGCUGUUCCGUGGUCUGUUUCCUCAUUUUAGAGCAGUCCUUUGCCACAGGGUGCAAUAUUUGUGUGUGUGUGUGUGUGUGUGUGUGUGUGCAUGUGCGCGGUACACUCGUUGCUCUCGUUGUAAAUUCUUUUCAAGCCUGGAGGGUGUUUUGUGUGAGAGAUGAAAGGAGAAGGCGUUAUUUCGGAGGACAUGUCGGUCCCCUGCCUUCAGCCCAGGACUUUUUCUUAUGAUUUGAUAUGUUUUUUCAUGUAUUGUGUUUUUCAUGUGUUAUCAGCUUUUUGUGAUUAAAAAGUGCUUGUGCCAGGGGGGUGACAGGAUUAAUCCGAUGGACUUUGCAGCACUGAAAACUGUUUUUGUGGGGGUUUGACUUGCCAUCAGCUCCUCUGUACUUUGCUCAUCCACCAUUGGCUGCCUUCGUAUUUGUCUCGCUCCAAUUGGUCAGACCAAGAUAUUAAGAGAUCAGGCAGUCGGUUUGGUGAAUAGUCCUCAGGUUUAUAUUUAUUUUGAAUAUUUAUUUAUUUAUUUUAGUGGAUAUUUUUAUUGUGCUUCUUUUAUUUUAUUUUUUGUUUGUUUUGUUUUCCUAUUGUACAGCUCAAGCACUUGUGCAAGUACUGUCUGUUGUUGUUCAAAGGGACACUGCUCCAUGUGAAACGUGACUGUUUUUAAAGGGAUAGUACACCCAAACUGCAUCCUGCUUGUGUUUUUCCAACAUGGAGUGCAUUACUAUUUCUUUUUUGCUACUAUUUUUUUUCUGCAACUUUAUUCAACUUGGUUCAAGUUGUUUUUGACAUUGAUUUUGAAGUUUUAUGGUGCCUUUUUUUCUUUUCUUCCGCAUAGAUCAGAUUGCGAUGUCUACAGCUUCAAAACACCUAAUACAGGAAUGUGUUUUGUGUGAACUAUCCCUUUAAAAGCUUCUUCAGCAUCUUCUUUUUUAAAGACGCUGAAACUUUGUUUUUGGAUGAAGGCUUUUUCAAGGUGAACCACUGAAUCGUAUUGUACUUGUAUCUCAUCCAGUUCCAGUGUUAAUGCCUAGUUGGCCCUGUUUUAUACUAAAAAGGUCAAAGGUCACCUGAAAGCAUUCAUGCGUGAUCGUGCUAACCAAACAUGACCCCCACCCCCCUCUGGAAAAAAAGAAGAAAUAGCAGCAUGUACAGUACAACAGUGUUGUUCUUCUGUUCUUCUUAGUGUGUUUACUAGCCUUGAAAAUUAAUAUAAUAAGAUUCACAUAUUUAGAAUGAGGGAGUUCACAGUAUUACACAACUGCAGCUAACUCGCAGCACAGCUGGCAUUUUCUUUGCAUGACAUGUCAAACAGACACUCGUUUUUUGGUGUUUUCCUUUUUAUUUGUUUUUUUUUUCUCAUUUUCUACUGUAUGCUGGUAUAAUCAACCUUUAUCUAUUUUCUCAGCUUUUUAAGUGCAUAUAACUAUUUUUGUCUCGAUGAUAUAAAGAAGAUGAUUAUGAUGAUGAGGAUGAUGAUGAUGUUAUUAACUGUUGUGGCACUAUGAGGAUGACUAUGAGGAUGUUGAUGAUGAUGAUGACGAUAACGACUAUCUCGCAUGCUUUUCUAUGGGGCCCUGUGUUGUCAGUGCAGAAUGGCUGCCUUUUGUACAUAGAUAAGAAUAUACUUGGAGCACUUUGUUGACCUUCAGCACAGAGAACGACUGGUGCUUCAACCAUCAUGUAUGUGACGUUGAAGAACAGCACUCGAGUCCAACGGACAGAUCAGAGUGAAAGAGCUCCAGCAGGGGGCGCAGUCACACAAAGUAAAGCACAAGCACACACAGAUGGAGGGCAGAUUAAUGCUUCUAAUGUAGCUACACAAUAUGUUGAUUUUUGCAUCAAAUCUAACAGACAAUCCAGUCAGAGGCAACAGCAGUUUAUUACUGUAGAAUAAGAAAAGGCUUCCAUUACAACUGUUGAGCAGGGCUGCACAGUUAUGCCGAAAAUGACUAUCCCGAGUACAGUCUGAGACCGUGAUUGUGACAUUACUACAUGAUUGUUUUCGUCAGUGGUUCUGGUGAACAAAAUGAUUCUCCUUUAUUCAACUUUUAGUGGAAAACCGCUUCCAAACACCUCACUAAAGAAAUGCACCAGUACGACUGAUAGAUCAUGAUUCUGUGUGAAUGAUCAAAGAUGAAAUGAUGAAAAUUGUGCAGCCCUACAUACAAACUACAAUAACUCUCUAGUCUCUUGAGGUCAGUGCGAGCUCUGCUACCUUCCUGCCAGCUAUUUAGUCAGGUGAAGCAUUACUGAGAUAUAAACUGGAGCCGCUGUGUUCACUCUGCCAUUUUAUUCUCCAUCCAGUGACUAAGUUGCACUGACAACACUGAGUUGGCUUCUCUUCGUAGGGUGUCUUUCACUCUUUCUCCCAUUCCCUCUGUUUCCACCCUUAUUCAAUCAUUUCUCUACAGUUGGCUCUUUCUAGUUUCCCUUUGUCUCUUUCUGUCUGUUUGGGUUUCUUCUGUAUAAUAAUAUUAAUCCUCUAGUUCUCUGAUUCUUCGGAUUAUUGCUCUGUUCUCUUACGUGCUACACGUGUUUCUAUAACUUAAAGAAAAUGUGUUAAGGUGUUAUCAAUAAAAUGAUCAUUUAAAUAGAAAA